ACGAAGAAAUCCCAAUCGGCCAAUGAUCGAUUGGAAAUGGAUUUCUUCGUCGAGAAUGUUUUGGCUUUGUAACCAAAACACAUACGAAGACAUUUUCUAACAAGUGAAUAUUGUUGAAAUAAAAUAGCAUUCAAAUAUUGUAACAGUGUAGUGGACACUUGAGAUCCAUUGGUGUUUUGUUUUAGAUAGCUUCCAAGUGGUGCGAGUAGAAGCAAGUGUUUGUAGUUGGUCUAUUUCGUAUGAAACAAGGUUUGGAUUGGGUGGUGACCACGCAAGACUCUAUUGAUCUCAAAAGAGCCAUCGUCCAACAAGUAGAAUGGUAUUUCAGUGAUACCAAUUUGUUUAAAGAUUACUUUUUGCUGCAAAAAAUGGAUCUUUUUGGUGCCGUUCCACUUUCUAUUAUUGCUUUCUUUCCCAAAAUGGUGCAAUUGACUCAGGAUAUGGACCUUAUACAACAAGCUAUCGUUGAGUAUGCAAACACAGUACAACUGAAUGAACAACAAAUGACGAUAAGAAGAGUGGAUAGCCAUAACUAUAUUAGUAGUCAUCAGUGUGUAAAGUUACGAAUGAUGGAGAGUCGUAUUUGGGAGUCCAUCGAGUCCAAUUUGAUAUAUUGUGGCUUAUGGAAUUGUUUGUUAUUUGGAUGUUUUGAUGCUGCUGGCAAUUGGAAUUUGGUAUUUCCUAGUCAAUGGCAUGCCAAAGCUGCUCAACAUCGCAUUUUACAAAUGUUUCCUUUCAUGACGAAACAGCUCAUUUCUAUUUGCUCGUUUACUCAUGAUGGAAUGUUUUGUUGGCAGCCGUUGAAGGAAAAAGCGCAGUUUCAAGAAUAUGACUACUUAUUGAGAUACCCAGAUGGUUAUUCUUGUCCCAUUUUACCUGUUUGGUAUUCUUCAUCUAUCGUUGGAAAUAUUCCUGUUCCUGUGGAAACCCAGUUUUCCUAUUCUUCUUAUGAUAAUGCUUUACAGGAAGCAAAAAGCGGGGAACAAACACCAUUGCCCAUAUCGACAUGUGCAAAUAGAGACCAGUUCCAUUCUAAAAGCAAAUAUGCACAACAAUCUUCUACUGUUUCCGUAUCCUCUCUUAUUCAUGUUCCAAAUGAUUAUAAUCAAGAAAAACGAGAUAAGAAGCAAAAGAGGAUAUCAAAAGAUAUUCGUGAAUCUCGACAAAGGCAACCAAGACAGAAAGGAAAGAAUUCACAGCAACAGAAUGGCAAACAAAGAAUAAGAAGAAGCUUUCAAAUACAAGCAGAAGACUUUCCUCCUUUACCUGGAGAAAAACUAGGAAAGAGAGUUGUACAAUUGUCUACUCGUAACAAUCUUAUAAAAGAACAAGAGAAUAUAGAAGAAGCAGUCCUCGCUUUUGGAGAAAUGUGUGUUUCCAAUUCUGAAAAUGAGAGAGAUAGAAACAAGUCAAUGGAAAAACUGGACAAGUCUUAUGCUCACGUUGCAGCAUCAUUUAUUCCUUCAGUUGAGGAGAAUAGGAAUAGAGAUUCUUAUGGAAAUGCGAAGAAGGAGAGACAUCAAUCAUCCAAUAGUCAUAAGAGAAGACAAAGACGACGUGAAAGGAAAUGGGAAACUUUGAGAAGUCCUUCCUCCGUUCCUAAUUCAGUUCCUAAUUCUACUAAAAGUAAACAAGUCAAAAAGGAAUCAUCUAGGCAUGGAACAAGAAACAGAAGACCCAAAGAGGUUAAAGAAUGGACAGAGUCACCUAUAUUAUCCAAUAAUGAAUCAAUAAUAAUGAACAAGGAAAAAUGGAAAGAAGCCGAAUAUUUGUUUGAUUGUGACAAGCAAAUAGAGAAUGAUGCUGAAACUAGGGCGGAACACAAACACUCAGCCUUAUAUUUCGAGGAGAUAACAAAGAAUGAAGAGUUAAAUUCUGUUUGUGCUCCACAAGUUACAACUCUAUUGCAUUCGAGAAAUGUUUUGGAAGAAACUCCUUUGGCCACAUUAGAACAACAAAAUAGUUUGAGUCGUUUAUCGCCAACCGCAGUGGACUCUACUUGUUGUGGUAACUGGCAAUUGGCUUCUUCUCAAGUUUCUGAACCGAUAGCUGUUGUUGAAAAUGUAAUAUGUGACGAUGAAGCCAAAUCGAUCUUACAGGUUUUAGAGCAACUCCAUUCUAGUAUGGACUCUAGAACAGACUUGGAGAACUCUUACAAUAGAUCAGUUUCGAAGCCAUUGGAGAACUUAUCUAAAGUUGAACAAGAGGAAUUGGACUACUUUCCUGCAACUAGCGUCGUCACGCGCAAUCCCUCCGUAAAUAGAAACAAUUCUUCUUCUUUAUUGAAUAUCAAAACAUCCUCUUUCUUUUAUCAGAAGACUGUUUCGUCAGGUUUCAUAGAAGAAGGACUGAAAUUUUUUGCGAAAGAUAUAUUUUCUUAAUUGAUGGUUUGUAAAUAACUUUUUCUCUUUCUAUCCAUAAACAAGUCAUGUCUGUA